AUGGUCCUGUUCGGUCAGAACAAGAACACACCAGCGACCAACAAAGUGUUCGCUGAUGUGUCCUUGCAGACGGAACACACCACCACCACCAUGGCCACCCACUGCACAGCAUGGGACGUGGUCCAUCGCAAGGAGCUAGAAACCCUCUCGCAGUUUCUGCACAACUCGGGUCUUGCCCAUUGGCGAGCUGCCAAGCGCGUUCUACGCUACCUCAGAGGCACUUCUCUUCAUGGGUUUAUGCUCGGUGGCCGGGACUAUGUCUCCAAGCCAUUUUUGUCCGCCUAUGUUGAUGCCAACUACGCCAUGUGCCCAGACACUCGUCGAUGUGUCGGUGGAUUUCUGAUUCUGUUCUUUGCACGUCAGAAUCGCUACGAGCUUCCACCAGAGUUUCCCAAGUCAAGCCAAGUCACUCGCCACGGCCGUCGCGUCAACUCCAUCUGCAACAACACGAUUGUGGCCCCGUACCCAGCCGAGUUUGCUGCGUUCUUCAAGCACUUCGAAGCCAAGUUGUUGGGCAUGAGCAACGGCGUCGUCAGCUCCACAGCCCCAUGA